GGUCCCGCCGCCGGGAGCCGGUGCGGCCGUGAGGGCAAUCGCGUCUUGCUGCCGCCGCUGGUCGGGCAUGGUGUUGGGUGCCGGCCCGCCUCGCCUGACUCGCGGUGCUCAGAAGAAAGGUGGCAGUAAUGCUAACACUGGCUAGCAAGCUGAAGCGGGAUGAUGGUCUCAAAGGAUCCCGGACAUCAGCCUCCACAUCUGACUCCACUCGGAGGGUUUCUGUGAGAGACAAGUUGCUUGUUAAAGAGGUUGCAGAACUUGAAGCUAAUUUACCCUAUGAGGGUUACUACCAGGGUGGAAAAUUUCAGUUUGAAACUGAAGUUCCUGAUGCCUACAACAUGGUGCCUCCCAAGGUGAAAUGCUUGACUAAAAUCUGGCACCCCAACAUCACAGAAACAGGGGAAAUAUGUCUAAGUUUACUAAGAGAACAUUCGAUUGAUGGCACUGGCUGGGCUCCCACUAGGACAUUGAAGGAUGUUGUUUGGGGGUUAAACUCAUUAUUUACUGAUCUUUUGAAUUUUGAUGAUCCACUGAAUAUUGAAGCUGCUGAACAUCAUUUACGAGACAAGGAGGAUUUCCGGGACAAAGUGGAUGAAUACAUCAAACGCUAUGCCAGAUGAUAAGAGGAGAGAUUGCAGGUCUGAGGACUGUCAUAGUUGUCUCUGAUGUGAAACAGCUCGAGGUAGCCCUCCUCCCCAUCCUCAUACUCCCUGUCAGCCCCUUGGGAUUGUCCCAGUCUUGCGACCAUGUUGUCCUGAAGAAGACCAUCCUCCUGACUACACAAUACAGCAAGAAAAUAUGUCUGGACCUCGAGAGCAUUGUCUGCUUCCCUUAAAAUGUUUACUGAAACUCCACUGUCUAGGCUGUGGGAUUCCUCCGAAGUUUUAAUGAACUCACCAUUGAGGAUAGCGCUUGCUUCCCUUCCCCCCAACAAAAUCGGUGUCCUGCACAAGUGAUGUAAUGACAUGUUCGGUGUGACUGGCAGAUUGGCAAUAAGAAACCCGCUAUAAACUGUGA